AUGGGCAAUGCUGGAGUCCCCCUGCUGUUGCUGGUGGGGGUGCUGGCCCAGAACCCAGGAAGUGGAGGCGGGAAGAAGCCCCCUGUCCAUUUCUUGUACCAGGAGAAGACCGCCUGUCUUUUCCCACUCGAUGGGACGCAGCGGGUGCGUUACUUGGACAGGUACUUCUACGACCGGCAGGAGUUUGUCCGCUUCGACAGCCACCUCGGGAAGCAUGUGGCCAUCACAGAGUUGGGGAAGCUGGAGGCCAAGGAGUGGAACAGAAACAAGGUCAUUCUGAUGAUGAAGAGGGCUGAAGUGGAUCGCUUCUGCAGACACAACUACAAGGCAGCCAAGAUGGGGCUUGUGAUUGGCCGGAAAAAAGUUGAGCCUCUUUCCAAAAUUCANUUAGGUUUAGGGGGGUUAGGUUUAGGUUUAGGGUUAAUUUUAGGU